AUGGCCAAAGAUAAGAAGAAGAACGCCGAUACUAAAAAGGCUAAAAAGGUGCCGUCAUACCUUGUGCUACUUACUGCCCCUCUAUUUAAUUACCCCUCCAAAGAAAACUGCCCCUCCAUGGCCGAGAAGGCGGCUAAGCAGGCCAAUAAGGGAGAGAAGAAGGCCAAGAACAAGGCUGCUAAGGUCGAGGGAAGCGAUGCUGAGGAUGUAGAUCUUGAUGAGGUGCUAGAGGAAUAUCGAAGGCAACAGGAGCAGUUCCUUAAGAUUACAGAGGCUGUAAUUGAUGCACCACCGAGAGCGAGAGCUGCAUCUACGUUGAUGGCUUCACCUCAUGAUACCAAUACUCUGCUGUUGUUCGGUGGUGAAUACUUCAACGGUUCUCUUGCCAAGUUCUACAACGACUUAAACAUCUACAACAUCAACCGUGAUGAGUGGCGAUGUGUUACUUCACCCAAUGCUCCGCUGCCUCGAUCUGGGCACGCCUGGACUAGAGCUGGCAACCCAAACCAUGUUUAUCUAUUUGGGGGAGAGUUCUCUUCGCCUAAGCAAGGUACAUUCCACCAUUACUCUGACUUCUGGAGGCUGGAACCUGCAACGAGGGAAUGGACAAAGAUCGAGUCAAAGGGCAAGGACAAGAGUCCCUCGGCGCGAAGUGGUCACCGAAUGACUUACUGGAAGCAGUAUAUUAUUCUCUUCGGAGGCUUCCAAGAUACCUCGAACCAAACAAAGUAUCUAUCAGAUCUAUGGAUUUUCGACACUGUCAACUUUGUCUGGCACUCUCCUCAGCUGCCUCCUGCGCAGCUUAAACCAGAUGCCAGAUCUUCCUUCACUCUUCUACCUCACGAGGGAGGCGCUGUUCUAUACGGCGGCUACUCGCGUGUCAAGGCCACGGUAAAUGUCAAGCAAAAGGGCAACAAGGGACCAAGCCAAGCUCAGCGCAAUGUCCUAAUUCCCAAGGUGCACGAAGACUGUUUCUUCCUCAGAAUCUCUCAGCCUGCUACUGAUGCCAAUCCCAACACUCCUCCCGUUGUGAGAUGGGAAAAGCGAAAGAAGCCUGCCAACGCUCCCAAUCCUACUCGCGCAGGUGCUACCAUGGCGUGGCACAAGGGUCGAGGUAUCCUUUUUGGAGGUGUGCAUGAUGUUGAAGCCAGCGAAGAAGGCAUGGACAGUGAGUUCUUCAACCAGCUGUUUGCUUGGAAUAUUGAGCGAAACCGAUUCAUGCCUCUUGGUUUGCGAAAGCCUCGUCAACAAAAGAAGGCUGCUGCCGAACCCCGAGGAGGUCGUCGUGGUCGUGCCCAAGCCAAUGAGGAGGAGUUGCUGAGACAACUUGCGGCUCUGGAGACUGGUGCUUCCCUCGAUGAUGCCGACGAUAUCGAGAUUGCCAAGAAGGAAGAGGAACAAGAAGACGAGAAGCCGGCAAGAGAAAUGCCAGUGACCAUGGAGCCUCCCCAUGUGAGAUUCAAUGCUCAGCUGGCCAUUCAAGAUGAUGUUCUGUACAUCUACGGUGGUACUUUUGAGAAGGGUGAUCGAGAGUUCACUUUCGAUGAUCUAUAUGCCAUUGAUCUUGGAAAACUAGAUGGCUGUAAGGAGAUAUUCAACCGCCCUGUCGAGGAUUGGAUCGAGUCGGAAGACGAGGACGAUGAAGACGAUGAUGAAGAAGACGACGAAGAGGAGGACGAGGAGGAAGAAGAAGAGGAAACAUCCCAACCGCUACAUACCCCCAGCAAGCGUAAGAAGAAGCAAGACGAGACUUCAGAGGUAUCGUCAGAGAUUUCUUCGGAGCCAUCAACGCCAUCUGAAGAUGACGAGACCGAGACUGCGGCUGCAACUGUAGACGACGGACUUCCCCAUCCUAGACCAUUUGAGAGUCGACGAGAGUUCUUUGUCCGCACUUCCAACGAGUGGCAAGAGAUCCUCAUGACGAGUCUGCGGUGGAAGAACAUUCAGCCUGAGACCAUGGCUAUCAAGGAGAUUAAAGCCAAGGCUUUCGAGCUCAGUGAGGAGAAAUGGUGGGAUUGCCGUGAGGAGAUUAUGGCUAUUGAGGAAGAGCAGGAGGCUGCUGGUAUCCAGGAGGUUGUUUCCCUGGCAGACAGAGGCGAUGCCGGUGCUGCUGGUGGCGCGAGAAGAAGGUAA